AUGUCUAAAUCGUUAGAUCUUUUUGUGAAUGCUCUCGACGCCAUUGACAAUGAAAAUUUUAAUGAAGCUAUUCAAGCACUUAAUACAAUAAUUGAUCGGUAUCCAGCUCCAGUUGGCGAAAAAAAUAAGCCAAUUCUUAUUCGCUUGUUAAAACAUCGAUGUCAAGCACAUUUUGCACUUGGAAAUUAUAAAGGACGUUCGUCAGUAGACGAACAUCGACUGUAUUUUCGUUUAAGAUAUUUUGCUGUUCUUUUUAAAUCUAUUUUUAUUGGUUCAGCAGACAUCCAUGAUGAAACAUUUCAAUUUUAG